AGUUUUAUAAAGUGCAUGUUUCUGUGUGGUUCAGGUUGGUUCUUCUUAUCCACUAAGUUGAGCUGGUCUGACAGCAGACAGUACUGCAGGGAUCGUGGUGCUGAUCUGGUCAUUAUCAACACUGAAGAGAAGCAGAGGGUCAUAUCUUCAUUAGUCAGUGAGAGAGUGUGGAUUGGUUUGUCUGACAGAGAGCAGGAGGGCAACAUGAAAUGGGUGGAUAAUUCACCACUGAAACAAGGGUUUUGGCUCAAAGGUGAGCCAAACAACCAUAACAAUGAGGACUGUAUUGAACUGAAUUAUAAUAGAAGAUUGCCGGGAUGGUCAACACUGAACAACUGGAAUGAUCUGCCAUGCUUUGAGAAGAAAAGGGGGAUUUGUGAGAAAUAAGGUUCAUCCCGUCUUGUGGUUUUGAUUCUGUUAUCUAAUAUAAUCAUUCUUAUUGUAAUUACAUAAGUUUUGA